ACCACAAGGUGGCGAUCGCGCACCCAAACGUCUCUUGAAAGAAGAAGAAAUUAAAAACAAGAAAAGAUGGCGACAAUCGGAGGGGCGUUCGCGAGGCUGCUGCGGACCCCGCCGGCCUCCCGCUGCCCCAGCCGCUGGGGGGUCGAAUCCCGCAGGAGGUUCGCGAGCGCCAACGUGUUCGACCGAACCGCGAAGAAGGCCCAGAAGGAGCGGGCCGCCGCCGAUCGCCACUGCCGCAAGUACGACUACGUCAGGGAGGAGGUUGGCAGUCGAGUGGCCGACCGCGUCUACGAUGUGGCCAGGACUUUUCCUCUGGCGUUGGAGCUCGGCGCCGGACGGGGUCACGUCGCGCAACAUUUGAGCAAGGACGUGGUGGAGUGUUUGUUUAUGACGGACGUCUCUGAGAGCGCCCUGAGGCAGAACGUCGCCGGCGAGAUGAGGCGUCACGCGCUGGCCGCCGACGAGGAGUUCCUUCCUUUCCGGGAGAAUUCCUUCCAUCUGGUUCUCAGCAGCAUGAGUCUGCACUGGGUCAACGACCUGCCCGCCGCACUCAGACAGAUCCACGACGUGCUGAAGCCGGACGGGGUGUUCAUCGGCGCCGCGGUGGGCGGCGAGACCCUGUACGAGCUGCGCUGCUCGCUGCAGCUGGCCGAGACGGAGCGCGAGGGGGGCUUCUCGCCGCACGUGUCGCCCUUCGUCGCCGUGGCCGACUUGGGGAACCUGCUGGGACGGGCCGGAUUCGACGUGCUCACCGUGGACGUGGACGAGGUGCAGGUCCGCUACCCGGGCGUCGUGGAACUGAUGACGGACUUACAAGGGAUGGGCGAGAGUAACUGCGCUCGGAACCGAAGAUCCAUGUUGCAUCGGGACAGCAUUUUGGCGGCGGCGGCCAUUUACAAAGAAAUGUACGGUCGCGAGGACGGCUCCAUUCCCGCCACCUUCGACAUCAUCCACAUGAUUGGGUGGAAGCCUCACCGCUCUCAGACGGCGAGGAGGACGAAGGCCGCCAAGGGCAAAGUGUCCGGUGGACCCGCGGACGCCCCGUGGACGCAAGACAUGACCAAGGAGCAGCUGGAGGAGCACAUCAUCCGCCUGAGAGAGGAGCUGGAGCGCGAGCGCGAGGAGAAGAGCUUCUUCCGACUGGAGCGGGACAAGAUCCAAAGCUUCUGGGAGGUCAGCAAGCGCCACCUAGAGGACACUCAGGCGCAGCUCAGGAAGCGAAGCGCCGAGAAGGACGAGGCCGAGCGACGCCACCGCCUGGAGAUCGGCGUGUACAAGCAGAAACUGAAGCACGUCCUGUCAGAGCAGCGCGCGGCGGCGGCCCGCGAGGAGACGGACGGCGCCGCGGCGACUCGACUCGCGCGCAGACGCCACGCCGACGUCGAGCUGCGUCUGCGCGGCCAGGUCCAAAACGCGCAGGCCGACGCUCGCCGUCGGGAGCUCUGCGGCCGCCGCUGCGUCCGGGAGCUCAAACUGAAGCAUCAAGUGCAGCUGAUGGAGCUCAGCAACGAGUACCACAAGAGAAUCGCAGGUCGGUGUCGGUGUCGCCGUCAAAUUGACGUCGUUGCAAAAAUGGACCCCGUCGCCGUCAAAUUCCGCGUAGACGUGGAGGCCAAGUACGGCCAGAAGCUGGAGCAGACGCGGCGGGCGGAGACUGAGAAAACGUCGGCGGCCAUCUUGGCGUUGGAAAAGGAGAUGGCCGAGCGCCUCAAAUUGGCGACGGGCGAGCGCCGCAAAAAGUUUCCGGCGGCUGAAGAAUUCUUCGGCGGCGUGCAAAGCAAACUGGGCCACGACGGCAAAGUACUCGAGGACGCGGCGGCGGUGGCGAGGAAGCGCCACGCGCACGUUCACGUCCGCCUGAAGGAAGCCGAGCUGCGCAACAAAAGCCUCGGCGCGUCCCUGCAGGAGGCCGAGCGGAAGCUUCCGGACGUCCGCCGCCGACUGGAGGGCCACGGGCGGGCCCGCUCCCGACAGGCGGCCGGCGCCGCCCGUGUCAAGAUUCUGGAGGAGCAGCUGGAGGACGUCGCCCUGGAACGAGACCUGCUCAUCGCCGCCUUUGCUCAGGUGGAGGAGGAGCGUGACGCGCUGCUGAGGAAGCAGACGGAGGUCCUGCUGGAGGUCCAGCGGAGGAGCGGGCUCAAGGAAAUUCUCCUGGACCAAAAGAUGGCGCUACUCAGUCAGUCUGUGGAGCGGAAAGAGGCGCAGCUCCUCGCCGCCGUCGGUCACCCGCCCCGCCGCGACGGGCUUCGGGAAAUCCUGCGGGCCAAGACGGACGCCGUCGCCACGUUACAGGACGACCUGGACCGACGACGUCAGGUCAGGACUACAGCACCUUGGCGGAGACGUGCCGCGACGGUCUCCAAGAGCUCGGCGUCCCGUCCUACGAGUUCCCUCUCAGAAGCGCCGAGGUCGUCCUCAACGCCGCACGCACCGACACGCGACCGUAGUUCCCGGCUGUCCCGCCUCUCACUGGACCCGUCCGCAUCGGGAUUUCCAAUGUCCGCAGGAAAUUAUGUUGGUCAUUAUUAUUAUUAUUAUUAUAACCCUAAAGAUAAUAAAAGGGGCAAAAAAAGCAAAUCAGUUGACUUGAUUUACUGUCCAUGA